UACAGAAGAGGGUGGGGUAGAAGACAAAGAAACGGCUUCCUUGCACCACUACCAUUCAUUACACACCAAUUUCACACCCUUUUAAAACACGCACAACACACACACACACAAACAUAUAUGUAUCUACACAUAUAGAGAUAGAGACAAGAGUUCAAUUCAUCCCAAUUUCUUGAUUUGAAGUCGACAAGCUUGAAGAAGUUGCUUCGUGUCACAAGUUGGGGGUUUAUCGAUCUGGGUUUAUUUUAAAAUUAGGGUUUCAAAAUGGCGAUGAUUAAUUUAUCACAAUUUCUCGACAAACUUUAUUUAAUUGCAGAAGGUGGAUCUCGUUAUUGUUCCAAAAAAUCCGACGAUAUCUGCAGUGAUGUUUGCGAUCAGGAUUCAGGAAAAUCUUUAACGAUGUCAAGAGUACGAUGCAUUCUUCGUGGGCUCGAUUUGAAAAUGCUCGUUUUUCUUUUCGUUUUGGUCCCAACUGUUAUCCUCGGUUUAUACGUUCACGGGCAAAAGAUUUCAUACUUUCUACGCCCGUUAUGGGAAUCGCCACCAAAACCGUUUCAAGAAAUCCCACAUUAUUAUCACGAAAACGUGUCGAUGCAUAAUCUUUGCAAGCUUCAUGGGUGGAGGACGCGUGAGUUCCCAAGACGUGUUUUUGAUGCGGUUUUGUUUAGCAAUGAAGUUGAUCUCCUUACAAUAAGAUGGCAUGAGUUGUAUCCUUAUGUUACCGAGUUUGUACUCCUUGAAUCAAACUCAACUUUCACGGGUUUACCGAAACCUUUGGUGUUCGAAAGUCAACGUGGAAAGUUCAAAUUCGUGGAACCGAGGUUGACUUACGGGAAGAUUCCCGGAAGAUCGCGAAAAGGGGAGAAUCCGUUUGUUGAAGAAGCGUAUCAAAGGCUCGCGUUGGAUUAUCUUUUAAGGAAAGCCGGGAUUCAAGAUGAUGAUUUGUUAAUCAUGUCGGAUAUUGAUGAGAUACCGAGUAGACAUACGAUAAAUCUCUUGAGAUGGUGUGAUGACAUACCCCCUGUUCUUCAUCUUCGGUUAAAAAAUUAUUUAUAUUCGUUCGAGUUUUUUCUUGAUAAUAAUAGUUGGAGGGCAUCGGUUCAUCGAUAUCAAUCAGGAAAGACAAGGUACGCCCAUUACCGCCAGUCGGACGUUGUGUUGGCGGACGCAGGAUGGCAUUGUAGCUUUUGCUUCCGCCACAUCAGCGAGUUUGUUUUCAAGAUGAAAGCUUAUAGUCAUGUGGAUAGAGUGAGGUUUAACAAAUUCUUGAACCCGAAAAGGGUACAAAAGGUAAUUUGCAAAGGUGCUGAUCUCUUUGAUAUGGUGCCCGAAGAAUACACGUUUAAGGAAAUUAUCGCAAAAAUGGGGCCCAUCCCGCAUUCGUAUUCAGCUGUUCAUCUUCCGGUUCAUCUUCUAGAAAACGCAGACAAGUACAGGUUUCUAUUACCAGGAAACUGUAUUAGAGAAGGUGGAUAAUAUACAAAAUUCAUAUCAAGAUUGUUGUAUUUGAUGUAAAGUUUGGAUCUUUGAAGCUUUCAUACGAAACCCAUAUCGGGUUUGACCAAAAGAUAGUUGACCCGCGUCUUCAUUUAGCGGUACUAGCAUCAUUCUUUCAGAAAUGUUUAAUAUACAGGGCUAUAGUGUACAUAAUCUUUUCGGGUUUUCUUGAAUCUUGACACAUUGAUUUUAAAUAUUUAUUAAUUCAAAUUAUGUUACAUAUUUACCUUA